UGCUGGGAGCCUGGUGACGCCGUAAGGUGCUUUGAUAGGCAGUACGAACACAAGGGCAGAUGCUGCAACCGGUGUCAGCCAGGGGAAAAGCUGGUCUCUGAAUGCAACAGCACAGAAAACUCUGUCUGCACCCGCUGUGAGAGCGGACACUAUCAGCAGAGCUGGACCAAGGAGAGGCACUGUGCCCCCCAUGAUAUCUGUGAGGACAACGCUGGCCUCAUUGUGAAGACGCAAGGAAACGCAACACACAACACAGUGUGCCAGUGCCAGGCUGGCAUGCACUGCUCUGACAUCAGCUGCCAGACCUGCGUGGAGAACCAGCCCUGCCAGCGCGGCUUUGGCUUUGUGGCAGCCAAGGCCGUGGCCCGGAUGUCAUCCCCCUGUGAGCCCUGUGCAGAAGGCACCUUCUCCAAUGUCUCUUCUAAAACCGAGCCGUGCCAUCCCUGGACAAGCUGUGAGGAAAAGGGGCUGGUGGUGAAGGCAAAAGGGACAAACACCUCGGAUGUCAUCUGCGAGUCAGGUGGGCGCUCCUCGCUGUCGGUGCUGAUCCCCAUCACAAUCGCAGUCGUCACGUUCCUUGUGGGCAUCUGUAUCUACUGCCUGGUCCACACAGAUCCCAGGCGACGGAUGCAGAAGCAGGAGACCCUGCUUGGGG